GCGGGAGAGUGUGUUAAAGGAGUGAGAAGACCUUAAUUAGCAGUUGGUCAGUCAGUACACUGUAGGCGGAAGAAGGACCCGGGAUUAUGGAAGAGCGCGCCAGUGGGAGCGAGAAGGAAAUGGAACCACCCAAAAUCCAGCGCCUGAGCGAGUCGGUGGUGAACCGAAUCGCCGCCGGCGAGGUCAUCCAACGCCCAGUCUCCGCCGUCAAGGAGCUCUUGGAGAACAGCCUCGACGCCGGCUCCACCUCCAUCAACCUCCUCAUCAAAGACGGUGGUCUCAAACUCAUCCAAGUCUCCGACGACGGCCACGGAGUUCGAUUCGAGGAUCUUCCGAUACUGUGCGAGCGCCACACGACAUCGAAGCUGUCUGCGUUUGAGGAUUUGCAGAGCAUCAAGUCCAUGGGGUUUAGGGGAGAAGCUCUCGCCAGCAUGACCUAUGUCGGCCACGUUACUGUCACCACCAUCACCAAAGGCAAAUUGCACGGUUACAGGGUAUCCUAUAGAGAUGGUGUCAUGGAGCAUGAACCCAAGCCAUGUGCUGCUGUGAAAGGAACACAGAUAAUGGUUGAGAAUCUAUUCUAUAACAUGGCGGCGAGGAGGAAGACGCUGCAAAGUUCCUCUGAUGAUUACUCAAAGAUUGUGGACUUGGUGAGCCGGUUUGCUAUUCAUCAUACCAAUGUUGGUUUCUCUUGCAGAAAGCAUGGAGCUGUGAAAGCGGAUGUUCACACAGUUUCCACAUCUUCGAGGCUUGAUGCCAUCAGAUCAGUUUAUGGGGUCUCAGUUGCUCGCAAUCUGGUUGAAAUUGAAGCUUCAGACAAUGAUCCAUCUACUUCAUGUUUUGAGAUGCAUGGUUAUAUAUCCAAUGCAAAUCAUGCAGCCAAGAAAAUUACAAUGGUGCUUUUCAUCAAUGAUAGAUUGGUUGAGUGGUCUGCAUUGAAGAGAGCUGUUGAAAUUGUUUAUGCAGCAACAUUACCCAAAGCAUCUAAACCCUUUAUAUAUAUUUCAAUUGUUUUACCGCCUGAGAAUAUUGAUGUAAAUGUGCAUCCGACAAAGAGAGAGGUUAGUGUUUUAAAUCAGGAAGUUAUCAUUGAGAAGAUACAGUCGGUGGUUGAAUCAACAAUGAGGAGUUCCAAUGAGGCACGGACAUUUCAAGAACAAACAGCUGGGCAAUCUUCAUUGUCUCUUAUUAAUGCAAGCAAGGAGGUUAAACAUAGCCCUACACCAACGGGCUCAAGAUCACAGAAAGUACCAGUUCAUAAAUUGGUUAGAACAGAUUCAUUAGAUCCUGCAGGAAGAUUACAUGCCUACAUGCAAACUAUGCCUGAUAGCAAUCUUGAGAAGAAUAUUAAUUUGAAUGCAGUAAGGUCCUCAGUUAGACAAAGAAGGAACCCAAAAGAUUCUACGAAACUCACCAGCCUUGACCAACUUCGUGAUGAGAUCAAUAGCAAUUGUGACCCUGGCAUGAUGGACAUUGUAAGGCAUUGCACAUAUGUUGGAAUGGCAGAUGAUAUUUUCGCUUUGCUUCAGCACAAUACUCAUCUUUAUCUUGCGAAUGUUGUAAACUUGAGCAAAGAGCUUAUGUAUCAGCAAGUUCUGAGCCGUUUUGCCCAUUUCAACGCCAUUCAACUUAGUGAUCCAGUCCCCUUGAAAGACUUGAUAAUAUUGGCACUUAAGGAAGAGGAUUUAGAUUCAGAAUGUAAUGAUGAUGACGAAUUUAAGGAGAAGAUUGCAGAAAUGAACACAGAACUGCUGAAACAGAAGGUUGAAAUGCUGGAGGAGUAUUUUGGCAUUCAUAUUGAUGAACAUGGAAAUAUCUCUAGACUUCCGGUGAUACUUGACCAAUAUACUCCUGACAUGGAUCGCAUCCCUGAGUUUGCGCUUAGUUUAGGCAAUGAUGUUGAUUGGGAAGAUGAGAAAAACUGUAUUCAAGCCGUUUCAGCUGCUCUGGGAAAUUUUUAUGCUAUGCAUCCACCUAUGUUGCCUAAUCCAUCUGGUGAGGGCUUGUCUUUUUACAAGAAGAGAAAACUGAUUGACAGUUGUGCUGAGGAGAAUACUUGUGAUAUUACAGGGAAUGAUGUUGAUGAUCAAGUUGAGCAUGAAUUGCUUUCUGAAGCUGAGACAGCUUGGGCCCAGCGUGAAUGGUCAAUACAGCAUGUGCUUUUUCCAUCCAUGAGACUUUUUUUCAAACCACCUGUUUCUAUGGCUAGCAAUGGAACCAUUGUUCAGGUGGCUUCAUUGGAUAAACUUUACAAGAUUUUUGAAAGAUGCUAGGAACCAUAUGGAUUAUGGGAGCCACAUGAAUUUUGCAUGCUGUCUGGGAUUUUUGGUUUGGGAUUAAUGUUGCUCAAUGCUGCAUCGUCUAUUGUGAAUAUGAAUUAGAAAAGGAUCAUUCCAAGGGUUGUAGUCCUGCAAUUUCUUCUCAAGAAAGGUUUGCGAAAAAAGAAUGCAAGCUUAGUUGUGCCAUUUACCGGGCCAGAGGAGAAUUUUCAGAACAAGUUUGUUCUCUGUUUUGAGAAGUCUGCUUAUCUAUUAUAGCUGUACGAGGAAAAACUGACAAUGUUAUGCCAUUGACCAAAUAUGUAUCUCCUGAAGUUUCUUUUGUAAUCUAGCCUCACAUGUCCCCUUCUUUGAUUUUGA